AUGCGUAAGGUGCUCUUCAACCCAUCAGGCGCGAGGUACCCCGAGAACUACCAAAGUGGAACGGAGCAGGACGCUGACUCUAGCUUCCGCUGCCGAUUGCGGUACAGGAUCAACACCCGUCGUAACCAUUAUCGAUGCGCUGCUUCAGGCGUCGUCGCCUUCACGUGCCCCGCGGCUCUUGUCCUUGCCUCUAACCCCGGGGUCCUCGUCCUCGCCGCCUCCUCGACCAUCGACGGCCUGGCAGUCUUCGCAGCACCGCCCGGCUUGGUCACUGCACCUGAUGCAAAACUCGCGCCUUGUACACGCUCACCCGUUGCAGUGGUCGGCGGUGUCUACAUCUCCCACGUUGGUGUCAAUGCCACCGUCUUCGCCGUCGACGCGAGAGCUGCCGUGACCUUGGUCAUCAUCGGACGCGUCACGGUGUGCCUCCUAUCCGAAUGUGUGCCAACAAACGACGAUAGGAAUGCGGUCGGGAGAGCUGGGGGUAAAGAGGGCGAACUGGGGCGGCAAGUCGAUGGGGGAGCUCGGAAAGAUCCUGUCGGUGUUGCAAAAGUUCGUCAGCUGCCCGUUUCAUUGUUCCUCUUUUCUCAUGCGCUGUUGAACGGAGCAAAGAAUGGGGGCGUACUGACCGGUGAGGAAUGA